AGCGGGGCUGCUUGGUGACGUUUUGCAACAGGAGUCGCGAGAAAAAGUGGAUGUGUUCGAGAAGUUGGGCUACUACUUCGUGGUCAUCCGCGCGAUAGACGAGCGCUACUUCCGCUACACCUCCGGCACUGCAUCCAACCCGGCAGAGACAAUCAAUGAAACUGCGUCGGCUACGCUCCCGAAGAUGAUUUUCAAAGAGGACAACGAUGUCAAUUCAUUUGAGAUGCAGGAACGCAACACCGAGAAGGUGCUGUCAAAGCUUGGCAGUCACACUGCAGACUCCCACAAAGAUCUACAAACGACAGCAGCGCAGAGCAAGAAAGCAAGGGUUGACAUUAUUGAAGGUCUUGACGGCAAAGAAGGUGUGGAAGGCGUGAGCGUGGGUGCAGUCAAUCUGUAUCUGGUUGUGUUCACCCAUGGUGUUAUUUCGUUCCACUUUGACGAUGUCUCAAAGCAUACAGACUACGUCCUGAAGCGCCUUGUAGACCUUUCUCAGCCGGUCGAUCUGACAUCCGAUUGGAUCGCCCAUGGCUUGUACGACUCGGUAGUCGAUGCGUUCUUUCCCCUCCUAUCAUUUGUCGAGACGGAGCUUGUCGACCUUGAGCAAGAAGCUGGCGAUCCGACCGAUCCGACCAUGAGAGCCGACCACAUCCCUGUGGAUGAGAUCCGUGCUAUCACAUACAGCGCUCGCAACGGCCAUGAUGACUUGCCUUUCACAGUUCUGCAGACCAGGCGAACCAAACUGCGUUACGCGUUACGCUGGCUCAACUUCAUUCACCUUCCUCUUUGGUUAGCUGAGCGUCUGCCCAACGUCCUGAUCGAGCAGCAAUACCAGACCAAGAUCAAAACGGAGACCUCAGCAUCUUUGCUCGAUCGUGUCCGCUAUGGUACUGGGAAGAAGGCGCUCGAGACACCUGAAGCCUUCAAGAGCCGGACUGCGCUUGAGCAGAGCAACCUCCUGCGGCGGAUCACUCAGACGCGAAAGAUCGCAACGGGCAUGCUGCGGCUGCUGGCUCCGAAAAACGAUGCGGUUCGCGGCCUGCGCAAGCGUCUGACGGAACUGCGUUCCGCCAGCAUGGCCCGCACGGAAGUGUCUAUAUAUUUGGGCGACGUGCACGACCACAUCAUUGCUCUGCUCGCGCAACUUCAGAUCAACGAGGCCCAUCUCGGUGACUUACACUACUCUUACCUCUCUUCACUUACCAUCUACAAUAGACGGAUUAGACAGCAUGCAGACAGGAAGAUCAUCACGCUGGCCACCAUCACGCUUACCAUCGUCACCUCAGUCUUUAUCACUAGUCUCUUUUCCUUCAACGUCAAAAUCCCCGGCAAUGAUUUGCUUGGACCGGAUCACUGGUGGUUCGGCAUCGUCAUCGCCAUCAUGUGCACGAACGUGCUCAUCAUCCUCACAUGGCGCUGGUGUCUCUUUAAACGCGCGCACCGCAGGCUGACCCUACGCAGAGCUGCCAGAUAAGCUUCGCAGUCCGAUGAAUAUCCAUGCACCCUGUAGAAUAGACAAUUAGCCUCACGCAAUAGAAAUCUAUUCAUAAAAGUAGCAUUGCAUU